AUGGACGCCCUUAAAGAACUGGGGUCGGGGAAAGACUCCGCCGGGACAGACAUGCUUCUCGCACUGCUAGCACAGAACGAGGACCUGCGCAAAGAGAUCCCCUUGUGCGCCGGUUGCAAUCAGCACAUCGUGGACAGGUUCAUCCUCAAGGUCCUGGACCGGCACUGGCACAGUAAGUGCCUCAAGUGCAGCGACUGUCAGACACCGCUGGCCGAGAAGUGUUUCAGCCGGGGGGAUGGCGUCUAUUGCAAGGAGGACUUCUUCAAGAGGUUCGGGACCAAAUGCGCGGCGUGUCAGCAAGGUAUCCCGCCUACGCAGGUAGUUCGCAGGGCUCAAGACUUCGUCUACCACCUACACUGUUUCUCCUGCGUUGUUUGCAAGCGGCAGCUAGCUACAGGCGACGAGUUCUAUCUUAUGGAGGACAGCCGGCUGGUCUGUAAAGCCGACUACGAGACUGCCAAGCAGCGGGAGGCCGAAUCUACAGCCAAGCGGCCUCGCACCACUAUUACGGCGAAGCAACUGGAGACGCUGAAAAAUGCCUACAACAACUCGCCCAAGCCUGCGCGCCACGUCCGAGAACAGCUUUCGUCCGAGACUGGCCUCGACAUGCGGGUGGUUCAGGUUUGGUUCCAGAACCGGCGAGCUAAAGAGAAGCGACUUAAGAAGGAUGCGGGCAGGCAGCGCUGGGGUCAGUACUUCCGCAACAUGAAACGUUCUCGGGGCAACUCCAAAUCCGACAAGGACAGCAUUCAAGAAGAGGGGCCGGACAGCGAUGCUGAGGUCUCCUUCACAGAUGAGCCAUCCAUGUCAGAGAUGAGUCACUCCAAUGGGAUUUACAGCAAUUUGAAUGAAACUUCACCAGCGAUGGGAAGGCCAGUGGGCACCAAUGGUAGUUUCCCAAUGGAGCACAGUGGCCUUCCUACUCAGGACCAGUAUCAUGACCUUCGAUCUAGUAGCCCCUAUGGCAUCCCCCAAUCUCCAGCCUCCUUGCAGACCCUCCCUGGUCAUCAACCAUUAAUCUCCAGCUUGGUUUACACUGACCCUGGCCUAGGCAUUGUGGCUCCAGGUGGACCUGGUGUGCCCCAGCCCAUGCGGGUGAUGGGAGGAAAUGGACCCAGUUCUGACCUGUCAACAGGGAGCAGUGGGGGCUACCCUGACUUCCCAGCAAGCCCUGCCUCCUGGUUGGACGAGGUUGACCAUGCCCAGUUUUGA